AUGCAGACCAGACUGCCCAUAUGCCCCGCUCGCCGCGACGACUUCGAGAUCGCUAUCAUCUGCGCGCUGACGUGCGAGCGCAAAGCGAACGCCGCGAGUGCCGCUGCAAGCAUACGGUCGAGCUACGUCAAUAUUCGACUCGCACUCGUCGUUGGCGUGUGCGGUGGUAUGCCUCAUAACGCGAACGGCUAUGGCAUCUUUUUGGGCGACGUUAUUAUUAGCAAGAGCGUAGUGCAAUACGACUUCGGCAGGCAGCACCCUAACAAGUUUAUGCGCAAGGAUAGCGUCGAAGAUAACCUCGGCCGAGCGAACAAAGAUGUCCGAAAUCUAGUAGCAGUCUUCGAAUCAGACCAUUGUCUGCGCUCGCUGGCCUUUGCCCGACUCGGCGCCCGCCGGCACGACAUCGAGCCUGCCCUCACCGGCACCUGCAACUGGCUCUUCGACACCCCUGAGUUCCGCGAGUGGUGCCGCCGCGACCGCCUCGCCGACCACCACGGCGUGCUCUGGCUCAAGGGCAAGCCCGGCGCCGGCAAGUCCACGCUGAUGAAGCAUGCCCUCCACUACUGCCAGUACCACUUCCCCAACCACUUGAUCGCCGCGUACUUCUUCAAUGCGCGGGGCGAUGCGCUGGAGAAGUCGCCCCUAGGCAUACUGCGGUCGAUUAUCUACGAGCUUGUCAAGCACGAUGAUACCGUCUACAGACUCUUCGUACUGCGCUACGUUGACAAGACGAGCCUGAACGUUGACGAGGCGAGGGCUGGAGGCCGCAUCAGGGGCCUUCUAACGCCAUAUGAUUGGUCGUUUUCCGAGCUCCGCGACUUUCUUAUGGAGGUGAUCAGAUGGCAAGGGACGCAGAACGGAGGAGCGGCAGGGCGGCCGUUGCUCUUGCUAGUCGAUGCCCUUGAUGAGUGCUCUGACGACAGCGUUCGUGCUGUCGUGAAAACGCUCGAGACGCUAAGUCGCUGCGCCGCGCAGGCGAACGUCACGCUCCGGGUCUGCCUGUCGAGCCGUCUCUACCCUACAAUCACAAUGCAGAAGCACCUGCCGCUCUCCGUGGACAAGGCAGACGGGCAUGGCCAGGACAUUAAGACCUAUAUUAGCGAUACGCUCGUGGGAGAUAACGCUGAACUCCAGGCUGAAGUCCGGCGUAGGGCAGAUGGCGUCUUCCUGUGGGUGGUGCUGUCUAUGCCUGAUAAUAUCGAGAAGAUUUUCGAGGCCCUGGUGAGCCGGGAAGAGGGAAAGCGAGAGGAGACGGUGCUGGCGCUACAUGGCGACGAUGAGCAGCGACUUGAGGUCCAGUUCAUCCACCUAUCCGUUAACGACUUUCUCUUCCGCCAGGGCCGACUCGGCCAGCUCGACCCGACUCUCGGUCCCGACCCUAUCAGCGCGACUCAUGGCCGGCUUUGGGCUAUCUGCUGGCGCUACAUAGAGCAAUGUAUUGCAUGGGAUCACAAAUAUCCACUCCAACGACGGCCAAGCGCAGAGUGGGCCACCCAGCUCCAGCAUGACUACCCGUUUCUCGACUACGCCACCAGCCACAUCUUUGCCCAUGCAGAUAAGGCAAUGGCACUUCCUAUCGAUAUAGGGGGUACAGGAGACGCGGGCCUGGCGGCCAGGGCAGAUACGCAAGAGGCAGUGGUCUCAUGGCUCGAGAAGCAGGCGACGGGGCCCAAAUGGUGGGUAGGGUUCGUCCAGGCUACUGCGGGCGACUAUGAGACGAGGGCGAACGUGGAUGCAGAUCUUCUCUAUAUCUUGUCUGUCGGAGGCUAUAGCAAUCUGGCACGGAUUGUGCUAGCGACAGAGCAACUUCGGAGCAAGGCUGAUCUUAACGCACAGGCCCAGGCCGGUGACUACGGGACGGCGCUCUGUGCGGCGGCGGCGGCGUGGAGAGGCAACACAGAGACGGUACAGAUCCUGCUCGCGGCCGGGGCCGAUGUGCAUCUCCAGGCCCAGGUCGGCGACUACGGGACGGCGCUCUGUGCGGCGGCGUGGAGCGGCAACGCAGAUACGGUACAGACCCUACUAGCGGCGGGAGCCGAUAUGCAUCUCCAGGCCCAGGUCGGCGACUACGGGACGGCGCUCUGUGCGGCGGCGGCGGCGUGGAGAGGCAACACAGAGACGGUACAGUUCCUGCUCGCGGCCGGGGCCGAUAUGCAUCUCCAGGCCCAGGUCGGCCCCUACGGGACGGCGCUCUGUGCGGCGGCGGCGGAGGGGGAGACAGAGACAGUACAGAUCCUGCUCGCGGCCGGGGCCGAUGUGCAUAUCCAGGCCCAAGUCGGCCUCUACGGGACGGCGCUCUGUGCGGCGGCGGCGGUAGGAUCGACAGAGGCGGUACAGGUCCUGCUCGCAGCCGGGGCCGACGUGCGUCUCCAGGCCCAGGUCGGCGACUACGGGACGGCGCUCUGUGCGGCGGCUGCGAUAGGAUCGACAGGAACGGUACAGGUCCUGCUCGCGGCCGGGGCCGACGUGCGUCUCCAGGCCCAGGUCGGCCUCUACGGGACGGCGCUCUGUGCGGCGGCGGCAAGAGGAUCGACAGAGACGGUACAGGCCCUGCUCGCGGCCGGGGCCGAUGUAUACCUCCAGGCCCAGGUCGGCGACUACGGGACGGCGCUCUAUGCGGCACAGAAGAUUGGGCAUCGCGACAUCGAGCAGCUACUACUCGAGGCCGGGGUUCGUGCCCGUAGCCCGAGCCUAGCCCGGACGAAUACGCCGAUAAAGGCCGAGGCUCAGGCUAUCGCUACCACGCAGACUACGGCGCCCGUCGAGGACGCGGCUGUACCUGCGCCUGUCUUCGUGACGGGCAGGAUGUGGAGGCACCUUGGGCUAUCGGCAGUAGCUACCCUUCUUCUCUCUUAUGUUUUUAAUUUCUUUGCCUGCGGAGAGUCGUAG